AUGCCUAAAGUCAAGAGAAGCCGGAAGGCUCCCCCAGACGGCUGGGAGUUGAUUGAACCAACACUGGAUGAAUUAGAUCAAAAGAUGAGAGAAGCUGAAACAGAACCUCAUGAGGGAAAGAGGAAAGUGGAAUCUCUGUGGCCUAUCUUCAGGAUCCACCACCAGAAAACCCGCUAUAUUUUUGACCUCUUCUAUAAGCGGAAAGCCAUAAGCAGAGAACUAUAUGAAUAUUGUAUUAGAGAAGGCUAUGCAGACAAAAACCUGAUUGCAAAGUGGAAAAAACAGGGUUAUGAAAACUUAUGCUGCCUGCGGUGCAUCCAGACACGAGACACCAAUUUUGGGACGAAUUGCAUUUGCCGGGUUCCCAAAAGCAAGCUGGAAGUGGGCCGGAUCAUUGAGUGCACACACUGCGGCUGCCGGGGCUGCUCUGGCUGA